CCAGAGUCUGUGGCCGCUGAAUCCAGGCCCGCAGCGAGGCAGCCUCGGCCCUCCCGCUCGCCAUGCCUCGGGGUCUAGAGACCGCGGUGCAGGUGUGGGUAGGUGGCCAGCUCUUCCAGGCCGACCAGGCCCUGUUGGUGGAGCACUGCGGCUUCUUCCGUGGCCUCUUCCGAUCCGGCAUGAGGGAGGCGCGCGCGGCCGAGGUUCGCCUAGGCGCCCUGAGCCCGGCCGGCUUUCGCACUACGCUGCAGGUGCUGCGCGGCGAGCGGCCGGCGCUGGAGGCUGCGGAGGAUCUGCUGCAGGCGGUGGAGUGCGCCGCCUUCCUGCAGGCGCCCGCGCUGGCGCGCUUUCUGGAGCACAGCCUCACGUCCGACAACUGCGCGUUGCUGUGCGACGCGGCCGCCGCCUUCGGCCUGCGAGAUGUGUUCCACAGCGCCGCGCUCUUCAUCCGCGACGGCGCGCCGGACCUGGCGACCGAGCUGGCGCUGCCCGAGGCCCGCGCGUACGUGGCGGCCCUGCGGCCCAGCAGCUAUGUGGCCUUAAGCACGCACACGCCCGCGCCUGGCUUCCUGGAGGACCAGUCGCGAUCGGUGUGUUACCUGGACGAGGAGGAGGACGCGUGGCGCACGCUGGCCAUGCUGCCCUUGGAGGCCAGCACAAUGCUGGCCGGCGUGGCCACGCUGGGCAACAAGCUCUACAUCGUGGGGGGCGUGCGGGGUCCCAGUAAGGAGGUGGUGGAACUGGGCUUCUGCUACGACCCUGAGAGCGGCACCUGGUGCGAGUUCCCCAGCCCGCACCAGCCGCGCUACGACACGGCGCUGGCCGGCUUCGACGGCUGCCUCUACGCCAUCGGCGGCGAGUUCCAGAGGAUGCCCAUGAGCUCCGUGGAGCGCUAUGACCCGGCUGCGGCAUGCUGGAGCUUUGUGGCAGACCUGCCGCAGCCGGCUGCCGGCGUGCCCUGCGCCCAGGCAUGUGGUCGCCUCUUCGUGUGUCUGUGGCGGCCAGCUGACACCACAGCUGUGGUGGAGUACACGGUGCAGGCCGAUGCAUGGCUGCCAGUGGCCGAGUUGCGACGUCCGCAGAGCUAUGGCCACUGCAUGGUAGCCCACCGCGACAGCCUCUACGUGGUGCGCAACGGGCCAUCCGACGACUUUCUACAUUGUGCCAUCGACUGCUUCAACCUGGCCACGGGCCAGUGGACAGCGCUGCCCGGCCAGUUUGUCAACAGCAAGGGAGCGCUCUUCACAGCGGUGGUGCGUGGUGACAUUGUCUAUACUGUCAAUCGCAUGUUCACACUGCUCUACGCCAUUGAGGGCAGCGCCUGGCGGCUGCUCAGGGAAAAGGCAGGCUUCCCAAGGCCCGGCUCCUUGCAGACCUUUCUCCUGAGACUGCCUAGUGGCGCUCAAGGGCCUGUCGCCUCGACAACACCUGAACUGUGACUUCUGGGCCGGGCUUUAGGGGGGAUGACCUCCUGAGUUCUCCCUGAGUCAUGGCUGGGUCUAUGAGGCGGGCCUUCGGAGCGGCGGGGGACUCCUCUUCCUGGUUGAGAUGAUCAGAUCUCACGUUGUCAGGUGGUGUAAACAUGCCCAAGAAACUCAGGGCACAAAGACGAUGCUAGGGUCUGAGCCUUCAAAUUACUUGGGCAUUGCUGAAAGCUGGUGGGUCGAAAUGUCAGUGGCGGCGGUGGGGGAGGGGAGAAAUUGCUGUCAUCUAGGCUUGUGUGUGAAUGGGCCAGGAAUUGAGCAUGGGUGGGAGUGGGUUAAGUGAUGAUAAUCAAACUGCCAGUCACUAGGCAAAAAUUAGGCAACUACUAUGUGCCCAGCACACUGCUUGCCCUAGUGUAGUUGGUAGUUGCCAGCCAGCCAGAGGUCCACCAAGCUUAGAGUUUAGCCCAGAAAAAACUCAAUCCUAACAGAACAUUUAGGGGAUGACAGAAGGCUUACACAUAUUUGUCUUGGUCCACAAAGGGUUGAAGGCAAUAUUUAAAAAAAAAAAGAAAAAGAAAAACCCCCACAAUGUAAUAUAAAUAUAAAACAAAGUACUGAAGAAAUUAGGGAAAAGGGAAAAUAGGGAAAGAAAAAAUAUGUAAUUCCAGGAAGGAGGGUACACCAUGUGAAGAAGACAGGCAGGAUAAUUAGCUGCUGAAAGGGAGGCUCAUAUGGCGGAAACAGUGAGAGCUCAGAAGGCCCAGAAGAGGAGAGAUGAGGGACGGCUUCAGCAGUUGCGGAGUCUCCGUGAACCCCGCCUUUGAGGCAGAGCAGCUGUGCAUGGAGACAUCUGGGGCUGGGGCAAGGCUGGGCUGGUUUGCAGAGACAAUAACUGAACCGAAACUGGAGAGAUACCUGUGAGGAGAAAAGGUUUCCUUACCCCCUUAUAGGGUUUGAAUCUGCAGGGGAGAACCCAGUUGUAAUCCCCUUGCCUACCCCCCUUUAUUUCAUCACCUCAGGGCAGUGGACUAUUAACUUCCAUGAGUACAGGUCACUCAAUGUAUGAGCCAGUCCUGACCAGGUCUAAUUGCCUCAUCCUAUCCUUCCUCCACAUUCUACAGGUUAAUUCUCUCCUCCUAGCCUCUGCUCCUGAUAUUCUCUGGUCCCGGAAUGCCUUUCCUCUUCUCUUUCUGUUGGCUCUGUCCCCACCUCCUCUGCUCAGAUUUGGCUGGUCGUGAGCUUGGCUGCCCACACUGCUUACUGAAUCCCUGACUGAUGUCAUCCUGCGUGUGUGCACGUGCAGCCGUGCAAAUGUGCAGAUAGAAGGACAGAGAUCCCACUGUGCCAUCAGCUGAGCUGGGACACUCUCCUGCCUACAGAGUAACAUGCGAGGUCCUGACAGCACCCACGUUGCAGAGGCCAAUAAUUAGGAACUUGGUGUUAGAUGAAGACUCUUGUCCCUCCUUUAAAAUGCCCCCACCCUGGUUCCUGAUCCGACGCCCACCCCCAACCUCCAUCCUUUCUAUGCCCCUGGGCAGACUUCUCUGACUGGUCCUGAAUGGUCUCCAUCCUCCAGGACCUGAGGC